AUGAGUUUCCCUACACUCAGUCGCCGUCAUGUGGCCACGCCAUUAAACCGCAGUAAAAGGAGAUCACAUGGCAACAGCAACAAUAGCACGAAAUUAACGAAAUCACCUCAAAAUUGUGUACGAAGCGAGUCACUUCGAUCGACAUGGAUGACUAACGGUAGCGAUUCAAUGGAGGAAGAAGAUGAAGACCUGAGUCAAGAAUCUGAUGCUGAGUCAGAUGCGCUUCAAAUAGUGAGUCAAUCGCAGAAACCGCUUAGUGAUUGGGCGUAUUGGCAACGAGAUGCAGUGGCACUUCCAGACUGCUGGACUAGAGUCUAUGCUGUUUUUUGUCGUAAUAUCUUGUGGCUCUAUCGAUAUGAAGAUGCUUCAGCUAAUAGCCUACUCGUUUGUAUGCGCGUAAUGGCGCUAGACGUUGGAACGGACUGUCGCCAGUUAAAAUUUCGAGAUGGAGUGACAGCGACGAGCGUACAACUAUAUAUGUCAGACUUACCUGCACUUGAUCGUUGGCAUAAUCACGUGUCGAUAGCAAUGGCCAUGGUAUCUGAAGUUGAAAAGGAAGAAAGAAGCCGUGCAUUGAUUGUGCCUGCAGUGGCAUCGGCGGUGAAACAUAAAAUUUUCUGGAAGGAAUUAGCCACAGCGGUAGUUUCAGGGAUUCAACCGCUUAGUUCUGGACAUAAUCCAAGCUAUGAAACGAACAGUUUGGUCGUGCAUGACAGCAGAAGGAAAAAGAGUAUGAGACAGCACUGGACAUACGUCACGACUGCACUAAAGAACGUUUUAAAGCGUAACAGACAAUAUCCACAACUGCAGUAUCAAGAAGAACGACGGUAG